GGGAGAGCUGGAGGGAGGACGAGACCCGCCCUUCUUUCCUUCCGGUCGGGCCCUGCUCUUUUUAGCGGCCGUCUCAAAGCGAAACCGAAAGGGCGGAGGAGCAGGCAGGCAGAGCGCGGUCGUCCUUUCUUCUGCCCGGAUCCCCUCCCGACUCAGAGACCCUGAAGAUCGGCGGAAGAGACUCCAGCUGCUGGCAAGAUGGGUGCGGCUGAAUCAGUUCCAGACCUGAGGAUCGUCCUGGUCGGCAAAACGGGCAACGGGAAAAGUGCCACCGGCAACACCAUUUUAGGGAAGAAAGCCUUCAAGUCCAAGAUGGUGGCCAGGUCCGUCACUGCCAGAUGUAAAAUGGCCACGGGGACCCUCCCGGAUGGAAGGACUCUGGGUGUGAUUGACACGCCGGGCUUUUUCGAUACGACAUACCCAACGCCGGUGACCCUUGCGGAAGUGAAAAGAUGCUUGACCUUGUGCUCCCCGGGUCCCCACGUCAUCAUCCAAGUCAUCCGUCUGGGCCGUUUCAGCCAGGAGGAGAAGGAGGUGGCUAAACUCCUCAAAGACAUCUUCAGCCUGAAAGCUAAGAGUUACAUGAUCGUCUUAUUCACCCGGAAGGAGGACCUGGAGGGGCGCUCUCUUCACGAAAUGCUGUCUGGGGAUGACGAGAGCUUUCAGGAGCUGAGGGAUCAGAUUCAGAGUUGUGGGAACCGGUGCCUGGCCUUCAACAACAGGGCGGUGGGGCAGGAACGGCAGGAUCAGGUCGACGAGCUGAUCCGGAUGGUGGACGAGCUUGUGCGCCAGAACAAAUCCAGGCCCUUUUACACCAAGGGCAUGAUGGAGGAGGACAAAGAGAGCGUCCCCGGAUGGCUGUGCAACAUCCUGUGAUCCUGGAGCUCCGAAUGGACACGCCCAGGGGUAGGCCACCUCGGCUCUUGGAUGACUCGUGGACUUCAACUCCCAGAAUUCCUGAGCCAGCCAUGCUGAGGGGAAAGGGAGGGGUUUCCAAGCUGAGCCAGCUUGGCUCAGGAAUUCUGGGAGUUGAAGUCCACGAGUCAUCAAAGAGCCAAGGUUGCCGACCCCUGGACACGCCCUUCUGGCAUGUCUGGACCGGAGAAGGUGGCCCUGGAUCCCUUGGGCUGCGCCAUUAUCCCAAAGGCGCGGUUUUCUCGUCUUCCCCAAAAGGCCACCGGACUGUGUUUUUCCCCUGAAGACAUUUCGCUUCACGGCCCAGAAGCUUCCUCGGUCCUGGCGGGUGUUCGAUUCGGACCGAAGAAGCUUCUUGGGAUGAGAUGUCUUCUGAGGAAGAACACAGAGAAAAUACAGUGGCCUUUUGGAAAAGCACCUUUGGGACAGCCCGGGCUUGGAUGACUGAGAAUCUCCAGAGGUUCCGUCAGAAUAGAACGGGAAGGGACCUCGGAGGUCAUCUAGUCCAUUCCCCUGCUCGAGCA